AUGAUUUCAACAAUUGCAUCCGCAUUAAUACCAGCGACAACAAUAUCCACAACAAUAGAUUCAUCAUGGAAUUCCACAACAACAAUUAUCACCACUGCUCUAAAUACAUCACAAUACUUAUUCUAUACGCCAAGUGCAGCAUCUUCAAUAGGUGCACAAAAUAUUACCACAAGACAUUCAGGAACGUCUUCUAUGGGGAGUGGAGAAUCAGGUGUAAUUGAUUUACAGACAUUGGAUGAUAUAUUCAAUUUUAAUUUAAAUAAUGGAACAUCAAUACCACCAGGAGCGUCUAUUACAGGAGGCGGUACAUUUAAUAAUAGUACAGUAAAUAGUGGUUAUUAUCCAGUGUUUCCAACAUAUAUACGUAACACUUCAAUGGUGUUUUGUGUGAUUAUAAUGUGUUUAGGUGUUAUCGGUAAUGUGAUGGUACCCAUUGUAAUAUUAAAAACUAAAGAUAUGCGAAACAGUACAAAUAUAUUUUUAGUGAAUUUAUCUGUUGCUGAUUUAUUGGUGUUAUUAGUAUGUACACCAACGGUGCUUGUGGAAGUGAAUUCACGGCCAGAAACAUGGGUGUUGGGUGAAGAAAUGUGUAAAGCAGUUCCUUUUGUUGAGCUUACAGUAGCUCACGCAUCAGUAUUAACCAUAUUGGCGAUAAGUUUUGAACGUUAUUAUGCAAUCUGUGAACCAUUAAAAGCUGGUUAUGUGUGUACAAAAACACGAGCAUCAUUAAUAUGUUUGCUUGCAUGGUUUUUUGCUGCCGUCUUUACCAGUCCAAUACUCUGCAUUGCUGAUUACCGUUAUGUGGAAUAUUUUGAUGGUUCAACAGUACCAGCAUGUCAAACAUUAGCAAAUUCAUUUUGGCCAGCAUUUUAUUUUUUAAUGACAAUAUUUGUCUUUUUUAUUAUACCAUUAAUUAUAUUAUUAGUAUUAUAUUUAAUAAUUGCGAAAACAUUGAUCCAUGAUGCAAAACAUAUUGUAUGUAAUAAACAUCCUGAUCAAUAUAGUAUUCGUGGUCGUAAGCAAGUUGUUCUUAUGUUAGGCACUGUUAUAUUUAUAUUCUUUGUAUGUUUAAUACCAUUCCGUGUAUUUACAUUAUGGAUAAUAAUAUCACCGGAUGAAACCGUUUUUAAAUUAGGAGUGGAAAAAUAUUACAAUAUUUUAUAUUUUUGUCGUGUUAUGGUUUAUUUAAAUUCAGCUAUAAAUCCAAUUUUAUAUAAUUUAAUGAGUUCGAAAUUUCGUCAUGGAUUUAUGUUAGUAUGUUUACGACAAAAGAACUCUAUACAUUUUCGAUCACGCGACCGUAGUGGAACAUUACGUACAAGUGUAACAUCGUAUCGACAUAGUAUGAUACGACAAAAUAGCUCAUUAAAAAUCAAUAACUUUCGUAUGAAUAGUUUAGAUUCGUCACCAAAAUUUAAUAAUCGUUCCGAUCACACAGAGUUACGUAGUCGAUUAUGUUCGACAAAUGAAAAUUAUAGUCCAUUGUUUUAUCGAAAUGGUGGUGGUCGUAAUAAUUCAACUGAAACACAAAUUAGUUUUCGUAAUUUACGUUUAAUUGAUGAAGAACAACAAUUCUUAAGUGAUGAACCAUUAACGUCUGCUUCUAAAUCUUUACCAACAUCAACAGAUGAACAAGAGGAAGAUAUUGAAUUUCAUUUGACAGCAUCAUCGAAUGCAUCAUCUCAUGAUACGAACAAGAGUAAUAAUUAUAUGAUGGUAAAUGGUCAUGAGAGCAGAUGUUUUAAUGACGAAACAUUUUUAUAA